AUGUCUGUUUUCCGUUGUUUUCUUGCGUUCACUCUUUGCUUGACUUUCGGCCAAACGGUUGACGAAAGCGUUGUUGUCGUCAGAGUCAGGAAUGGAGUCAUUAAUGGCCGCAAAGAGCUCUCAGUCGACGGCAAACCCGUUAACGUCUUUAAAGGCAUUCCUUUCGCCAAACCUCCGAUCGGAGACUUGCGGUUCCGACGGCCUGUUCCCGCAGAGGAAUGGCAGCACCCGUUGGACGCCUUCGAGUUCGCGCCUCCGUGUUAUCAAAACGGGAAAUACAACUCCUCUUUGUUCCCAAACACGGGUUUCAGCGAAGACUGUCUUUAUUUGAAUGUCGUUUCGCCGCAAAUCAGCGAUGAGUUGAAGCCAGUGAUGGUUUGGAUUCACGGCGGAGCUCUCACUAAAGGCACGGCAAAUGUGGACACUUUCGGCGGCAAAGAGUUGUCUGCGAAAGGAGUUGUCGUCGUUUCCAUUAAUUACAGACUAAACGCUUUGGGAUUUCUGUAUUCGGGCGAAGAGUCGGCGCCGGGAAACGUCGGGCUCUGGGAUCAGGCGCUGGCCUUGGAGUGGAUCAACGACAACAUCCGCUACUUCGGCGGCGACGAC